AUGAUGUGGAGGGCAUGCGGCAUCAGCUACGCCAGAUACACCGCGGAGAUGGCGGAACUUCUAAGAAAAUGCCUGAAGGAACCUUACAGGACGCAGUUGCAGAACAAGAACCACAUGCACGUCAGGGAGGCCGUGUACAAGCAGGGAACGGUUGUGUCCAGGGAGACGUACGACAAACUCAAGGCUGCGUUUGAGGCUUGCGAAGUUGCAGCAAAAAAGGCCGAGUAG